AUCGAUCUCUAUAUAAGAAGAUGAAAUGAAGAGCCGUCUUCCUACUGCUAGUACUGCUGGCUAGUACGUACUUCCAAUCUAUCGCAACUGGAGUGCCAAAAACUUAGCGAGUAGAGACCGAUCGAACUGAAGCUUUGAGCAAAUGGGAGCGGUGCACGGUGUCUGCUACGGCAUGGUCGGCGACAACCUCCCGUCGCGAGGCGACGUCGUGCGUCUGUGCAAGUCCCGCAACAUCCUCGCCAUGCGAAUCUACAAUCCGGACCAAGAGGCCCUCGCUGCGCUCCGCGGCAGCGGCAUCGGCGUCACCCUCGAUGUCGGAGGCGUCGACGAGGUCCGCCGCCUCGCCGCUGACGCCUCCUACGCGGCGUCCUGGGUCCGGAGCAACGUCCAGGCUUACUACCCGGACGUGAUCAUCCGCUACGUCGUCGUCGGCAACGAGAUCCCCGCAGCCGACGCCAGGCCCAUCCUCCUUCCGGCCAUACGGAACGUCAACGCCGCCCUCUCCGCCGCCGGCCUCGGCAGCUCCAUCAAGGCCUCCACCGCGGUGCAGUUCGACGUGUUCACCAACUCCUUCCCUCCCUCCAGCGGCGUGUUCGCGCAGCCCUACAUGGCCGAUGUGGCCCGGCUCCUGGCGAGCACCGGCGCGCCGCUGCUCGUCAACGUGUACCCUUACUUCGCCUACCGGGACAACCCGCGGGACAUCCAGCUGAACUACGCCACGUUCCAGCCAGGGGCCACUGUGAGGGACGACGGUAACGGGCUGGUCUACACGAACCUCUUCGACGCCAUGGUCGACGUCGUCUAUGCUGCGCUGGAGAAAGCCGGCGCGCCGGGCGUGAGGGUGGUCGUGUCGGAGAGCGGGUGGCCGUCGGCCGGCGGGUUCGCGGCGACCGUGGAGAACGCGAGGAGGUACAACCAGGGAUUGAUCGACAAUGUCGUGACCGGGACGCCGAGGCGGCCAACUGCGGCGAUCGAGACGUACCUGUUCGCCAUGUUCAACGAGAACAGCAAGCCCGGAGACGCAACGGAGAGGAACUUCGGGCUGUUCUACCCGAACAUGCAGCCCGUGUACCCGGUCACCUUCCCGAAUUAACAACUGCCAAGACCCAAGGCCGCAAGGGUAGCGACAGAGUUAUGCGUCGACGUCAAUAAAAAAUGUGUAUCUUUCCCUCAAAAAUAAAAUAAAUUGGGUAUCUAAAAUAUUCUCCA